AUGUCGUCCAAACCCACCCUCACGAUAUCGACGCCCAAGACGGCAAACUUCCCACACAUCCCGCCUCCGCCUCAUGAGCUUCGGUCUGCCACCUCUCUUCCCUCAGCUACUCCUCUGUCGGCCGUCUCCAGGACAUCGGCUUUCCGGGACCCAAUUCCUUCCUCUGCGCUCCCAUCGGCCGGUUUGCCUUCCGCCGGACCCUUUAGCGCUCUUUUUUCUGCUGGUCCGUAUAGCGCUGCUCCGUUUAGCGCCACCAUCAAGCUUGAGCAUGACCUCCAAAAGACGCCCAUCACACCUCCGGUAGCAUAUACCGACUUUCUCAGAGGAAUGGCCAUGGUCUCACCAGCUCUCGCCUCACCACCACAGACAGGAAAGUCCGUUCUGAACCGAACCAGCACUGUCAGCACCGCCAGCAGCAAUCUCAGCACCAGCAGUACAAGCAGCAGCGAAACAGCCGAUUCUGAUGACUCAGAGAAGGACAAGGGCGAACAGAUCGACAGUGGCCCAUCAACAGCACGCUCAGAUCUCAGCUGCGGGUGUGACGAGGAAGUCAAGGUGAAAGAGGAGGAGGUGGAAAAGACAAAAACUCCCAGACCUGCUCCCAUCGAUAUCAAGCUGUCCAACGCCCCACGAGGUUCUUCGAACUGCCCGCUUUCUGCUCCCGCCGCUGGGGCGAACGCAACAGUAUUCCCAAGCAUGAAGCUCCCUGCUUCUCCGGCCAUUUCCACCGCAGGCCUUUACUCACCAAGAUCACCACUGAGCACUGCCUCAGUCAGGUCACCAGCGUUUGACUGGGAGGCGGCGCUCAAGUCUCGACGGUUGGCGCUAUCUCCUGGCUUGAAGCGCCCCGCAGAACCGGAAACGCCCACCACCGCCGCUAGCGCACCUGCUGGUGGUGCCGCGAGUACGAACAGCCCACAUAAGCACGCAAAGAAGGAUUCGAGAUCGAGCGUGCGACAUAUUCGUGAGGUCGUGACAAGGACAGUGACAUACACACCAAGAAUGGCGCCAGCGCCAAAAGGCAAGAGAAGAAAGAUCGACCCAGAAGCCGGCACCACCGCCGCCAAGUCAUGA